AUGCCGAAGAGACGAGACAUUGUCGCUAUUGUGUUGAUCGUGUUACCUUGGACACUUCUCAUCACUGUUUGGCACCAGAGUACCAUCACUCCUCUGCUUGCUACUCGAAAGGAUGACAGGCGUGACGGUCGCUCCAUCUCCAGAAAUACUUUUGCUUUCAAGGAAUCCUGCUCACUGCAGAACCGGGACAUCGUGGAGGUGGUGCGCACUGAGUAUGUCUACAGUCGGCCUCCGCCCUGGUCCGACUUCCUGCCCACUAUCCACGUCAUCACUCCCACUUACAGCCGGCCUGUGCAGAAGGCAGAGCUGACGCGUCUGGCCAACUCCUUGCUCCACGUGCCAAACCUACACUGGAUCCUGGUGGAGGACUCUCAGAGGAGAACCACUCUGGUCAGCCGUCUCCUCCUGGAGACAGGACUCAACUACACCCACCUCAACGUGGAGACACCUAGGAACUACAAGGUACGUGGGGAAACUAGGGACCCUAGAAUACCACGUGGUACCAUACAGAGGAACCUGGCCCUGCGGUGGCUCCGGGAGACCUUCAGCGUGAAUACCAGCCAGCCUGGGAUUGUCUACUUUGCAGAUGAUGACAACACUUAUAGUCUGGAGCUGUUUGAGGAGAUGCGUUCAACACGAAAGGUGUCAGUGUGGCCCGUGGCUUUUGUGGGUGGCCUUCGGUACGAGUCCCCUAAAGUAAACACCUUGGGCAAGGUUUACGGCUGGAAGACUGUAUUUGAUCCACACCGGCCCUUUGCCAUUGACAUGGCUGGGUUUGCAGUGAACCUGCGCCUCAUUCUGUCUAAACCUCAGGCUUAUUUCAAGUUACGUGGGGUGAAGGGAGGCUAUCAGGAGAGCAGUUUAUUAAAGGAGCUGGUGACCCUUGGCGACUUGGAGCCUAAAGCUGCUAACUGCACUAAGGUAUUAGUGUGGCACACACGGACAGAGAAGCCUGUGCUGGUAAAUGAGGGCAAGAAAGGAUUUACAGACUCUAACGUGGAGAUAUGA